UCCAACGUUCAGAAACAGUACCUGUCACAGUCAACGCUCUCAUCACUUAUUUUCAUCACUAUCGGUAUGGCAUCUUCAAAAGGCGGCAUGCAAGAUGUUUCCCUUCUGGAGCACAUUGCCAAAGCGCAAUGCUUGAAUGAGCAGGACGAACACACGUUGCAGUCCAUACUUUCUUCCAAAGCACGAAACACAUCACCUGCAUACCUUGACAGCGAUGCAGAUGCAGAGUUGCUAUUAAACAUCGAGUUCAACCAGGCAGUUCGUGUACGAUCAUUGGUCAUUCAGGCGCAGGAUCGAGGACCGGCGAAACUCAGGCUUCGUAUCAACUGCUCUGCUAUCGACUUCACCAAUUUUGAGGACUCGGAGGAUACCCAGGUCAUCGAGCUAAAGGCGGAUCAAGUUUCGAAAGAUGCAACAACAAAGUUGAUAACACUUCAUCCCACAAAGUUCAGCCAUGUGAACUCGCUUCAUAUCCUUGUUGAAUCUGACCACGAUAACACCAGAAUCGAUGCACUCGAUAUCUUGGGUACGCUUGUCCACGCAACUAAGAAUCUUAGUGGGCUUGCACAACAAGCGGACUAGAAUGAUCAUGGUUUGCAUUUGACAACUUGUUACUUUGAGGCAAUAAGUAACUUGAGUACGGAGUCCGUGCGUGGCACUGCGCCCUUCUGCAGCAAGAAUACGAAUCUCAAGAGUUGUGCUCAAGUAUUACUACUAAUGUGCAAGACUUUCAUUUCCCGUCAAUCUGAAGCCACAUACUCCACCUCUUUUGUUCUUCCUCGGAACCUUCGAACACCCAAUUAACCUUUAUUAUUUCUGAAAAGCCCUCUGUCAGUUGGGGCUCCUCGUAGUGGUUCUUGAAACCUAUGAAGGCAACAUAUGGUAUUAUGUCGCGUCUCAA